AAUGCUCUCUAUUUUUUCAUUUAAGAGCUUGUUUAAAGAGCUUAUUGGAGAUGCUCUAAACUAGUUAUAUACUGCUCGGCGGUAUCGACUCCCUCUGUCGCCAGCCUAUACUCCGGGAUGGGAAGCGAACAGGAUGGUGCCAUAAAUUCUCAGGUGGUGGAUGCUCGAGCAAGAAACAUAAGUCAUAAUGUUCGGUGUACGGAGUGUGGUAGUCAGUCUAUCGAAGAUUCGCAGGCUGAUAUUGCUGUUCUGCUUAGAAAGUUGAUUCGUGAUGAAAUCAAGGCUGGAAAAAGUGACAAGGAUAUAUACAAAAAGCUUGAGGAGGAUUAUGGGGAAACAGUACUUUAUGCUCCAAAGUUUGAUAUGCAGACUGCAGCCUUAUGGCUAUCCCCACUUAUAGUUGCUGGUGCUGCUGGAGGAAUUUGGGCUUACAACAAGCACAGACAAAGGACUAAUGUGCACAUAAUGGCCUUAAACCUUGUUAGAGGAGUCUCAUUGACCCCAAAAGAGAAGCAAACCAUGCUGGAGCUCCUCGCACCUACUGACCUAAAUGGAGCUACCCCUUCCUUGCCUUGGUGGAGACGAUGGCUUCGCCAAUGAUGUGAAUUCAUGGCAGAUGCACUUUGCUACAAUCACAGCUGCCACAACCUAAGAAAACUAAAUUUCUGAAUGUGGAUAUAUCUUAUACUACUUGCUCCGGAGGACAAGCAGUUAUGCAUAUUCUGUGUAAUUUUGCUUAAGAAUUUAGUCAUGCGCCCUCAUAAUUGCAUAGACUGCUAAAAGAAUGAGCUGUAAACUUAUUAGCCAACUUAAUCCUCUGCAUAAAUUUCUGUAGAGCGACUACCGGUGUCGAAUAUCCCACAUUACCAUUAUCCAUAAUAUGACACAUGACCAUGUAUGCU